AUGGCUGAAAUACCGCCGCCAACACCAAAAAGGAUGCAGCGCAUCGCUUCACAGCUCGGCAAACUGUCGCUAGAGCUCGUGGAGCCCAUCAUUUCCACUUUGCCGCUUUACAAGGCAUUGGAUCUCAUGAUGGUUCCUCUAGAGCCUGUUGCGGCUCCCGGCCUUCUGUUCACCCACCGCCAGCUGAGCCCUUUGGUUCAAGCCUUCAUUUCUAGCCCAACCUGGAAACACAUCUUCAGAGACACCAAACUAGCCACACAGAUUUUGCUUGUUUGGGAGGGACUGAACCGAAUUUUCAAGCUCUGUCAUGGAAAUGGCUACUGCAAUAUAAUCAAAGAGACCAACCCUGCCUUCUUCCCUUGGGCCAGAGUGCAGCCGACUUGGAGAAUUUUAGGCCAAGGAGCAGAUCAAAUCUCUGACGGAGAUUGGCUUCUGGCCAAACUAGAAGGCGCUCUGUGGUUGAUGGCGGUGCCUGGAGAACAAACCGCCAUAUUUUCCAACCGUCCAUCCAACGCGGCAUUCAUGAUUUUGCCCCCAGAGUAUGGCGCCUUGCCCAACUCCCCCAAGAUUGAUGCGCUUCCUCCUCAAGACGAGCUUUUCGCAGACCAAGCUGGCCUUCCACUAUUCGACUUGUUCCUGGCGACUCCACGCCUUCAUGAAUUCCAGACGACAGGGUGGGACACAUCGACACUUUACAAAUAUAUAGGCGACCUCGAAGAGGCUUGGAAAAUGCUUAAAAGCAGGUGGACUUUGGAGCUCCAGUCCCUUGAAGUUUUGUACAAGCGUUACCCGCACAUGCUGAAGGCGGCUCUGAGGCCUCAAAUGACACAGGAUCCUAUGAACAAGGAUCACAUCCCAAGAUCGUUUCAACGAGCCAUUCGCAAGUUGGAGGGAUUGGGCCUCCGAGGCAACGGGCCGUGGCCUUUUCUUUUCCAGUUUUCUCACCACUACCUAGUGCCCUACAAUUGGUGUCUGCGUCUUUUCAGGAUCGUGCUGGAUGAGAAGAACCCUGAAAUUCCUCCCGAGUUUGGUCCAGACUUGGAGCGAGCCAUCAAAGGUCUCUCAUAUGUCCAAAAGUACGGGGGAGGUGAUAACCUAAAGUACCCGAGAAUCAGAGGUACCCAGGGAGAUGCGCGCCAUAUGGAAUUUGAGGUUCAUGUUGAUAGAAACACGCUUCUGCCAGCCUCGCAAGCCGAACUGCAGUGGCUAAUCUCGUUCAUUACCGUUGUGAGGUGGAUGGAGAGUAAGUAUUUCGAUCUUGCCGAGGAACUACGUCGUCCCGUUGCUCGGAUCUACCGUGUCGAAAAGGGAAGGGGUCAGAAAAGGUUCAGCCUAAUCCCGUCGGAGUACAAGAAAUUGGUAGACUCGUUACCGGCUCGAGAGGUCGCCGCGUAUUUGAAAAAGGAUGCAAAUCUAACAACUCGCCCCAUGACCACCAACAAGGCUCGCUAUCCGAGUUUACUCGCCUUUUCAAUGCCUGAUAUCAAAACGCCGAAAGCCCAAGAAAUUGCAAAGUAUCUGGCACCACAGGAAGGAAUGUCGAAAGAUAUUCAAAAGAUCAUCUACGAGAGCACGAUAGAAAAGAUCAAGGGCCAUUUCGGCAGAUCAUUCUCUCCGCCACCCAAAGACAACAAGCUUUUGGUAUAUGAAGCCCUCGAUGAAAACACGCGAUCUAUUAGAACGUCAUCGGAAUCAACCGAAUGGGCUGGUGCAGUUAGAGACUAUGCCAAUGCGAUGCAAAAGAAGCCUGCACCUCCGUCUCGUCGCUGCUAUAUUUGUCGACACACUGUGAUCGAUGAGCGAGAUCUGCAUCCGAUUUUUACCGCCAUGUGCAAACCCUGCGGUAAUUUCAACUUGGCGGGCUCUAGCAUGUCGUUACCAGGAAAGCUCGACCUCAACGGGAAAACCGCGUUUGUCACUGGAGGCAGAAUCAACCUUGGAUUUCACACAGCGCUGAGACUGCUUCGAUGCGGUGCAAAAGUCAUAGUCUCCAGCCGAUAUCCACAAGACGCGUUUGUUCGAUACCAAGAUCAACCAGACUCUUCCGAAUGGCUAGAGAACAGGCUCCGUAUUCUCGGGGCUGAUUUCCGCACAGCUAAUGACGCCUUUCAGCUUGCCAAACGCGUGAGGGCUGCUCUUUCAACAUGGGCAAUUACUGAUACUGCCGUAUUAGAUAUCAUGGUCAACAACGCAGCCCAGACUCUGACAGAUAGCAAUGAAAAGGAGGAGGCAGCGGUGAACAACGAAAUCCAUCUAGCUGCGUCCCUGCCUCAGCAUCCUGCUUUGCCGGCUGUGGCAUCUUAUACUCCUCGUGUUGGGGGUGGUGCAUCCGCAACUCACUUCAUAGGGAACCAGAGCGGAGGAAGUCUUCCGCCAACAAGCCCCUCUACAUCAGCUAUCCAACUUGCUCCUAAAAAAUCGUCUUGGGUCCAGGACUUAACAGAGAUACCCUAUGCUGACGUCGUGACCGCCCAGGCUGUCAAUGCUUUUGUACCUCUGAUUCUUAUACGUGAGCUUCUACCACUCAUGUCUCGCAGUCUGGAUAAACAGCCAGGUCAAAUCAUAAACGUUUCUUCUCGCGAGGGGAUAUUCGAAGACAGGCGGAAUCAUUCAGCUAAACAGGGCAAGCACGUCCACACCAAUAUGUCGAAGGCUGCGUUGAACAUGAUUACCGAGACGUUGGCAUCAUCAUCAUGGAAGGACUUCUAUGUUGCCAUGAACACUGUGGACCCUGGUUAUAUGAGUGCUGCUCCAGAGAAAGAACACCUCUUUGAUGGUGUGAGGCCUCUAGGUUGGGAAGACGGCGCUGGGCGGGUAUUGUGGCCAGUCGCGAUGGCGUAUGAGGACAAGACCCCCAUAUGGGGUCGUUUUUUGAAGCAUUAUGGAGCCGUGGGCGUGACUCCAGGCCUAGGUUAG